AUGCUAUUUAGCCAUGCCCUUUCCCAGGACCAAACUCUGCCACUUUGUUCGGUUCUGCCCCCCUUUUGCUCGCCUUACCCCUUGGUUCCACCCUUCUUCACUCCCCUCCUCACUUGCACCAACACUAAUAAGCACUCUCACUUCCCUGUGACCUCUCUCCAUUCUCCUCACUCCACAGCCAUGGCGUCUGCUGAAGAAGGCGCACAGCCGCUCAUGUAUCAGACUGUGGCUCUGAAGGUCAGCAUCCACUGUGAGGGCUGCAAGAAGAAGGUCAAGAAGGUGCUACAGACCAUAGAAGGUGUGUACAAGACGGACAUAGACACCCAGCAGCACAAGGUAGUGGUCGUUGGCAAUGUCUCCGUCGACGCGCUCGUCAAGAAGCUCAUCAAGACCGGCAAGCACGCCGAGCCGUGGCCGGAGCCCCUUCCUCCCCCCUCUGACGCUAACCCGCCUGCCAGCGGAGGCGGCGGUGAUGGUGGCGGUGGCGGCAAGAAGAAGAAGAAAAAGAAGAACAAAAACAAGACCGCCGAGCCGGCGGCGCCGGGUGCCCCGACGGCGGAAGGCGCUGGAGGCUCUGUUCCCCCGAAGAAUCACGACCACACGGGCACGUGCGAUGAGGCGUCCGACCACGAGCAGCCUCAUCAGGUUGAAGGCGGCGGUGGUGGAGGCGGCGACCCACCGAAGAACCCGGGUGCCGGAGAUCCGCACGACGGACGGGCCGGCAUGGUCGCCCCUUUCGCCAUGACGCCGCAAGGCAUGCAGCCUAUGGCACCCAGCGCCAAUGCCUCCGGUGGCGGCGGUGGCGGCAAGAAGAAAAAGAAGGGCAAGGGAGGCAAUAACGGCAAUGCCAAUGCCAACGGCGGAGACGGUGCAACAGCGCAGAUGAGCCCACACGACGCGCCCGCGAAUCCCGCCAUAGGAAACGCCGGUCAGAACGCCCCCGCCGUCGUCGACGCCGGGGCCUACCCGCCCGCCACCGCGAUGAGCUACCCGGGCUACUACGGCAGCGGCGCCGGUGCAGGGCACAUGCCGCCACCGUACGCCAUGAGCUACAGCACCUCGCACCCGCACCGGAGCAGCGCGUACUACCACCCCAUGGCCGGCGCGGCCUACACGGGCGGCGCGGGGUACUACUACUCAACGGCACCGGUGUCGGCGGCGCCGGGGUCGUAUUACAUGUUCAGCGAGGAGAAUGCCAACGCAUGCAGCGUUAUGUGA